AGUCGUUUACCACCCGCCUUGCCUGAGCCUGUAGGGUUCUUACUGCAGUGCCUAGAAACAGACAAGAACCAAAGAGAGUCAGCUGAUUACAGACGUCAGCUGUUUGUUACUUUGUAAUAUCUGGUCAUUGAAUUCGAAGAAGGCUUCGGACGCAUUUUGACAGCAACUAAGCUACGUUAAACUCUUGCAAUGACAAAUGGAGAUAAAUGUGUGAAGAAAUUUCAUGAAUUUGUCAAAAAUCGCUUAGCCAUACUUAUAAACGAAAUUGGGCUGCGUAAAUUUUGGGGUAUUUUUUCAUGAUGUUACCCUGCGUUCAACUCUGACUGCCUGACAAGUGUCAGCAAUUCGGAGCGCAGCGCAGCAAUCAGCAUCGGGUCGCUGAUUUUUCUGUUAUGCUGGCAUUUUAAUUUGUUAUAUUGAUUAAUAACUUCAACUGAGAACAAAAUGAUCCACAGUCUUUUCAUCAUAAACACAUCUGGAGAUGUAUUCAUGGAGAAACAUUGGAAAAGCGUCAUACCUCGCUGUGUUUGUGAUUACUUCUUUGAUGCUCAGAGGAAAGCCAACUGCAGUGAAGAUAUUCCUCCAGUCAUCACAACACCGCACCACUAUCUCAUUUCAGUGCUUAGAAACAGUGUCUUCUAUGUGGCUGUAUGCCUAACUGAAGUUCCUCCGCUGUUUGUCAUUGAGUUUCUACAUCGAGCAGUUGACAUAUUUGUUGAUUACUUUGGAGAAUGUACAGAGGCUACCAUCAAGGAGCAUUAUGUUGUUGUGUAUGAACUCCUGGAUGAAUUACUUGACAAUGGCUUCCCAUUGGCUACAGAGAGCAAUGUUCUCAAGGAGCUGAUUAAGCCACCCAAUAUCCUACGCAGCAUUGCAAACACAGUCACUGGAAAAACUAACAUGAGCGUGACACUGCCAAGCAGCCAGCUGAGCAACGUACCUUGGCGUCGUGCAGGCGUUAAAUACACGACGAAUGAUAUCUUGCUGGACCUCACUGAGGAGGUCGACGCCAUCAUCGACAAGUCAGGGGCCACUGUCACUUCUGAGAUACAAGGCUAUGUGGACUGCUGGGCCCGCUUGAGUGGCAUGCCAGACCUCACACUGAGCUUCACCAACCCUCGCCUGCUAGACGACGUCUCCUUCCAUCCUUGUGUCCGCUUGCGUCGCUGGGAGGACGAGCGUGUGCUAUCGUUCGUGCCUCCUGACGGUAACUUCCGUCUGCUCACGUACCACAUAUCGUCUCAGUCCGUCGUUGCACUGCCCGUCUACGUGAGACACAACAUCUCCUUCAGGGAUACGGCCGCUGGGAAGAUGGACAUCACUAUUGGUCCUCGCCAAACCAUGGGCAGAACAAUCGAGAAUGUGAAGCUGGAACUGCCGAUGUCGAAGAGCGUGGUGAGCUGUAACCUGACGGCAACGCAGGGCAAGUACUCGUUCGACCCCGUGACGCGCGUCCUCAUGUGGGACGUGGGCAGAGUCGACCCCAGCAGGCUGCCCAACAUUCGCGGCAACUUGAGUCUGCUGAGCGGAGCGCCCCCGCCUGAGAGCAGUCCGACCAUUAGUGUUCAAUUCACUAUAAGUCAGCUGGCAGUAUCGGGAAUCAAAGUCAAUAGACUGGACAUUUACGGCGAGAAAUACAAGCCGUUCAAAGGCGUAAAGUACGCUACCAAGGCCGGCAAAUUUCAGAUACGAACGUGAACGCAAACCGACGCUUCUGGAACAACGCAGUCGAACGAGUCUCAUACUUCGGAGUUUAAUUUAAACGUGUGUUAUGAAUGAUGAACUAGAGCGUUGGUUGAAAAUAAUUUUUCGCGAAAAAUCUUUGUUAAAUGUGUCAUUGUUCACCUACCAGGUCCUAACUAUUUUUCAGUCCUCGUAAUUCGUAUAUUACCUUACGAAUACAAUCAGAGAAUUGUAAUGGCUACAAAUUUUCUUCGUCUGUGCAAUAUAUGCGUACCUCCACAUGACAGAGGAUUCCAAAUCUGAUUUCAUCCAAUCUACUAAUUUUGUAAUCACCUGGCUCUCUUUCGAGCCUCGCCAAUAAAUGAGCCAUUUUAAUAUAUGCUGUAAUCUUCAAGGCAAAAAGGCACAUCUUCCCAAAUUCAUCUCUUACUUGAAUUAUGCUGCUUAAAUUGAUCAGAUUCCUCAUGGAAAAAAUGAAGCUUAUUUUUAUUCUACUGUAAUCCUCAUACUUUGUUCUUCAUUAUUCUCUGAAAUUUUCUCCAUCUCGUCAAAUACUACUCAUAAAGAAGCUUGUUCAGCUUCACUCUUACAUUGUUAACUUCAAAUAAUUACGACCAACUAUUAACUGGCUGUAAGUUUCUUGAAUUUUUGUGUGCAAUUCUGUGCAUCGAUUCUACAUUCCCUACGUUCAAUAUGAAAAUAAAUAUAAUGGGAAAUUUAAAUUGAUAGUAAAUCAUUUUAUUUUCCAUAAACAAUAUUUACAGAUUUUUUCUUAUAAGUAGAAUCCUAUUAAUAGAAAUUUGGAAGUUAUCUAUUUAUAUAAUUCGAUUAUACGACAUACUUCUCAUUUAAGCCGAAGUUCAUAGUUAUGCUCCGUUCUUUUCACAUAACUUUUGAGAAAAUCGUAUGAUAGAAACUCAGCCAUAUCUGUUACUCGUGAAUUGCGACCAAUGAAAAACUUGCAAAUUCCUUUUUUAUUU